AUGGCGCCUCCCGCUAGGAAUAUCACACUGGCAGCAGUACUCGCCCUUCUCGUGCCCUACACAAGCGCUAGUUAUGCCUUCUACGUCGGCCGCGACCUCACAGCUCUUAAUGCUACCCUCGUAGGCGGCACCGGCGAAGAAGUGUCCUCGCACUGGCUCCAGAUCUUCCCCGCUGCCAAUCACACCUCCAAUGCGACCAUCACGGUUGGUGUGACAGAAGAUGCCGUUCUUCCCGGCAAACUCAUUCAGGUCCCGCAGGUGAACCACACAUUCCGAUAUAUGUCCAUGGAGUACUCGGACUUCGAAGGUUUCCCCGCGCCGUUGACGAAUGGUGGCGUUAACGAGAAGGGCGUCGCUGUGAGAGAUGUGUGGGCAAAUAGCAGACAGGAGCUCUACGAUAUGACGCCUGAUCCGCAGAUUGGCCUGCAGUAUUCUGAUCUCGCACGCGUAGUCCUGGAGCGCGCAAGCACGGCACGUGAAGGUGUCGAGAUCAUCGGAGCCAUGAUCAAGGAAUAUGGAUACGCUGACUACGGAGGAAACUCGCAUCUGAUCGCCGAUGCGAACGAGGGCUGGGUUGUGUGGGAGUUCUCUGGCAGAAAGGGACUUUGGGCUGCUGAGAGACUGGGAACUGACGUCGUAAGGGUGCUGUAUCCUGGGUACAUCGAGGAUUUCCCCGUGGAUUUCCAGAACAGCACAGACUAUAUGGGGUCCAGCAACAUCGUCAGCUUUGCUGUCGAGCAAGGCUGGUGGAGUCCGAAUGGAAGCGAGCCGUUCAACAUCUUCCAUGUGUACGGAUACCAGGUGGAGGGCGAAAAUUUGACUGCUCGUGACGGUGGGAACAAGUACAUGAGCCAGGCUGCGCUAGAGGAAGCUACACUUGCCAUGGCACCUGUCACCGAAGCCGAUAUGCGACAGCGUGUCCGCGACCCCCGGAUCUCUGACGAUGAAGCUGGCUACGGCCAGGUUGUAAGUCUGUUCCAAGAUAUGGACCCAGACACAAUCCGUAUCUGGAACGCGCCUACAGGAUCUGUAGCAGCGCCUUUCAUUCCCUGGUGGUUAGGCGUGGAGUCUGUUCCACCAGAGUUCGGUGAACACCGGUACCUCACCACCGGCGCCUCGUCAUCCUUUCUCAAUCCCGACUUCCAGCUGCAGGAAGCAGCGCAGUUUGCUGGCCGCAUGUUCAAACGGGUCUUGUACUAUAUGUGCUCAAACCCGGACGCCUUCCACCCGCUCGUAACUCAGAUGUACACUGCCUUCGAAAAUCAGUCAACGAGCGACCUGGACUGGGUGGAGAAGAGCGCGCAGACUCUUAUCAGUAGCGGCGAGAGAGAUGCUGCGAAGAGUCUGCUGCAAUUCUACUCACACACUAGAGCAGAAAAAGCUCUUGAUCUUGGCAGGUCGCUCACGGAUGCACUCGAUGGAUACAUCAAGUUGAGUGGACAGUGGGAGAAUCCCGUGGGUUCUCAAAUUAAUGAUGCAGGCGAGGGCGCAGAGACUGUUAACUGCCUAGUGGGAUUUGACCCCGACCAGCCUGCUUGGAAACAGCCCUCGAAUGCGACUAAGAGGAGGAGGCGUACAACAUCUAGACGCAAUGUUGCCAAGCACAACCCAGUGCCAGUCCAGCAAAGUAUCAUCAGCUGA